AAACACUUCAUUGACUAGUAAACAAUUGGCCAUUGAACGAAGAAAACCCACUGGAAUAUAGUGUAUACGAAGAAAAAUAUUUGUAAAAUUCGUAGUGUUUAUUGUUGUAUGGAAAUAGUGAUAGUUAAAUAUGGAUGAUUAUGAUGAGGGUCAACAGGGAAGAGGCUCAAGCAUGGCCAUGGAAUCUUCAGCCGCACAGGGAGCGGUGAAGGUGGGUGGCUGGCGUUAUGAAGAUUCAACACGUUAUAUUGGCGAAUGGAAUCAACGUGGCAUGAAACAUGGAGUUGGUCAUUUACAAUUUGCCGAUGGUACCCGAUAUGAUGGUCAAUUUUUUGAAGGCAUGAGUCAUGGUUUGGGCUGCAUGUGGUUUGCAGAUGGAGCCAAAUACGAAGGUGAAUUCAUGAAUGGCUGGUUCCAUGGAUUUGGCAUAUUUUGGCGUGCCGAUGGAAUGAAAUUCGAGGGAGAAUUUCGUGGUGGAAAAGUGUGGGGCCAUGGAUUGGUUACUUAUAAGGACUUCACGCAUGGGUUUCCAAGAAAUGAGGGAUAUUUUCAAGACUGCCGUCUGGUGCGUAAACUUCGCUGCCCCGAAGUUGUACAAAAGGCCCAAAAAUGUGCAUUAAUGGCCAGAUCUCAAUGUGACCACCCCUACUGAUGAUGACGAAAUCAAAUAAACGCAUAGAAAACAAAAA